AUGGAGGCAGUCGGGCAGAGCAGUGUUUGGACCCGUUUGCUCAUUAUGGUGUCCGACAAAGAGUUCCGUGCGCUUGGCAGAGCUCUUUCGCCUGGGGACCAAUAUCGGCUGAUCUCUGCCGGCCUUGAGGAAGCUUGUACUUUUAUCCGACACUUUGAGGACACCAAGAGCUUGGAUGGAUGGCAGAGUGGCAAAGCGGCCCCAUGGAGUUCAGAAGCAUUGCGCCGAUUCAUGCUUGGCAGACCAGAAUGGCACGACCUGCUUGAAAAGCGAGGCCUUUCCAGGUUCUUGGCAGGUGCUCCUGAGGAUGACGGCCGAGGCAACCUAGCUAGCCUGGCCCAGCCGUUGCAGAACCUGCUUCGGCGCAUGCGCGUGGAAUGUGUGGGUGUGAGUAGCUCUGGCCAGCACUUGCUGCAAAGCCUGCUGCAGUGCUUCGACGAGGCCACUGAACCUGUGAAAGGACAGAAAACCGAGGAUGACACUCCCUCUUUGGACUUGGAGGUAUGCGCAGACAUAGAGACUGAGCUUUUGCAGCCCUGGCCUAGGCAGAAGCUGCAACAGGGAUCCAGGCUACAUUGGGGCACCAUCUUGCACCACAUGGUUGACUCCGCCAAGCAGCACUUCGGCCAGCAGUGGCCACAGAGGCUGAUUUUAGUCAGUGCCUCAGCAGCACAGACUGCCGAAAUGGUGAGCCUGCAGGCUGGAGCAGCAUACAUCCUGUGUGUAGUGUCCAACGACGACCACUGGGCCUUGCUAUGCCUGCAGAAAGGCAGCCACAAGGCCCUGCUGCUAGAUGCCCAACAGCAGGAGGAAGUCAAGCUGCUGGCAUGUGCUUUUCUCGUGUACAUGACCAGCCACUGGCAGCACAACCUGGAGCUUUACUCGACGGAUCAGGAGCUGCAGCGGGACCAGUGGUCGUGCGGCCACCGUGUGAUCCUGGCUGCUGAUGCUGUCAUGCGACACUGCCUUGAUCCAGCUGCCCCGUGGCCUCCUUUGCUUCAGGAGGACGACAUCGGAGCUGCUGCUGUUGAGGAGCUCUGUCGUCGAGGCACGAGGAAGGAGCCAGAGCCGGACAUGUUUCAGUCGCCUCCGCGGAAGUCGAGAAGAACCCAGCCUACGAAGUCUGAAGCCUCGGCAUCCGAACCAAAGCCCGUGAAGGCCGAAGCCUCGCUUGUGAAGACUCAGGCUGCUGACAAGACGCCGAGCACUCCGCCCAAAAGCAAGAAACCUCGCAUCGCGGAGACUUCGCCCGUGCACCUGAAGCUGGCAGCUCCGGCAUCGCCCAAGGUGAAGACUGCUCGCACUGAUGCCGAUGCCGCAGCAGUGCAGAAACUGGUCGCCGUCCUUGAUGAUGAUGAUGAAGAUGCUGGUGAUGAUUCCGAAGACGCUGCUGCUGCCAAGCCGGCUCGUAAAAAGAAGCAGAGCAAGAAGUGCAAGCACGUGGCCGCCGGCAAGGACCUCGCAAUCAAGGCCGGCAUUGACUUCGAAUGCAGGUUCCAAAAGAAGCACCGUGAGACGGGAGAAGUAUGCCGUCAGGGGCACUGGAAGAAGUUUCUCCAGGCACUCUCGGACCACGGCCGCUUGAGAUGCCAGGCAUGCAGCCUGCUGCGAGACUUGGUGCAUCCACCCUGCACACCACCCGUGAUCGCUGAGGCAGGGGAGCAGCUGGUGCCAGCUGCCGAGGCAGCCGAGGCACCUGAGCAGCCUGUGGAGAUGGAUGGGAUCGUAAAGAACAAGCGUGGCCGGCCCGAGCGGGGUGCGGAGCUAUCCUCCCUGGCGGACGUCCUGAAAGCAUGCAGGCCUAACACCUAUCGGUUGUGCUCAGGACCCCGCUACUUCUGUGUUCCCUGCAAUGAGGAGGUCAAUUUCAUCAGGACAACGGCCUCAGGCUUCAGCUUCGUUGAGAAGCAUGAGAAGACUCGGAAGCAUUCCAAUGGACUAAGACGCUUGAAUCCGAAUGCUGGCGAAGGUGGAUCCCUGGCUCCUGUCGCUGUGCAAGCACCGCUUCCAGGAGUCUGUCCGGGACUGCUCGUGGAGGACUCCACUGCGUGCCCAGUCCAGCACAUACAGCAAAGUAUCAGAGCUUGGGCAGACGGCGGCAUGUUGCAAUUCAGAGCUGAGCCUGGCAUGGAACAGGGCACACUUUCAGAGAUCAGCGUCCAGGCUUCGGGGGAUGCACUUGUCCUGAGACACACGGGAUGCACAAAGGUCAGCACGGUGGCAGGACCGUGUGUGCUGUGUCGAAAGCUGUUGGCGAGGAAGCCAUAUCUCCAGCAGAUCGCAGAGUGGGCCCUGCGUCUCGACAUGGCUUCCUUGGCAUACCAGUGCGUGUAUCAUCAGGACCGAGUCCAUGAGUACGUCAUGGAGAUGAAAACACGAGACUAUGCGAGCUGGUGCCGAGAGACCCUGGACCGCUGCAUCGGCAUCUUGAACCGCUGCGGAGUCGACGGCCUUCAUGAUCAUUGCACACGACAGUUCCUUUGCAUCAAUACCUCCAGGUACACCCCUGGCCUCAGAAGUUUCGUGAAGUCCCGGAUCGACGGGCUGCGGCUCAUGCGAGAUGCGGAUGAACGAAGGGCAUACGAGGCUUUGUGCAGCAACCUGGAUGCCACCCUUGCCGGCGAAACCGAUCUUCGCAUGGCUGCCUGGGUGGCCAGCGGAGGCUUGAGUGCAAACGAGGCCGUCCGUGCGUUGUUUAGAACCUUCUGUGAGUCUGAAAAGAAGAAGGCGCGAGGCGCCCUCCGACGUCCGGGCUCAGGCAAGCACAUUUGCGAUGACACCAGGUUCGAGCUCACAUUCGCCCUGGGUCGAGGAUCGCAGGACCUGCUGAACCUCUUUGGUGCGAGCAGAAGCAAAAGCAACAAGCCAAAGGUAGACUGGCAGAGCCCACUGCUGCCGAGGUUCUUCCGGCUGAACACUUGUAGCAAGGAGCAGCAGGUGCAUGCUGCCCAGCAAGUUGCAGAUUUCCUUGGCGCUUCUGGAAAGCGAGUUCUCUGUCUCUCAGUUGACGAAACAGUAUGGAGGCCCACCUGGCAGGCCAUCUCGCGAUUGCAUGACGACAGCAUUGCCAUCAUUGGUGGAGGCUGGUCUCCAGAAGCCGAGAAGGACAUGUCUUGCCUCAGCAUCAAGGAUGCCCGGGACGAGAAGUACCUCUCGUCCAUGACCCUGUCGAUCGUCGCCACGAGGGCCGACUCCAAUGCCAGGAGUUUCGAGACGUGCCUGCUUCCUCUUCCACCAGGCAAGGGCCACCGCAAGGCUGAAGUUUUCCUGGCUUUGCUAGGCGAGCGGAUGGAGGCCUUCACGAAGGCUUGCGGAUGUCCUCCAGUGUGCAUAUCGUACGACAACGGCUGCAGCAAUGCACGCCUGAACUACAUGCUGUUGGGGAUGGAGCAGUUGGAGGGCGUGUUCUGGGAAAAAUGCAGUGUCGUCCGGCCAGCGACAAUUCCAUUCUUCCCGUUCCGAGCCCUCGUCUGGACUUCACCCAAGGGGAAGAAAUACGGGGUACACGGCAUGAACGACAUCUACCACACCAUGAAGUGCUUCACCUUGCAGCACCUUGCUGCGAGCCGCACCGUGUAUCACGGCGGCUAUGCUGUGGAUUUCUCGGCAAUGCGGAGAGGAGGACUACCAGUUCAGAGCUUUACCGCCCGAGACCCCCAAUCAGACAGAUGCUCCUUCCAGCGACUGAAUACUGCAUACCUGGGCGAGUCGUGGAGCUGCGACGGUUUGCGGUUGAUGAUCCUGUUGGCAUCUUUCAUGUGUGCCGCCACUCUGGGCAAGCUGCUGCCGCCAGCGGCGUUUCAGAACGCCUCCCUGUCGUACUUCUUGGUCCUCCUCCAUAUGUCGGAAAAUCGUCGUUGCUUUGGUGAUCGAUGGCAGGAAUACUCCCUUCCGUACCAGACCUGCCGUAACACGGCGCACUUGAUGUGCCAUGUGAUGGUGUCGUGUGUCAUGUCGAGUGCCGAGACACCGUGGAAUCUGGCAGCCAGACAAGAAAGGGUGUGCGAGAGCCACUUCUCCCAGGUGAAGUCGCCGUUCACCGGCAAACCUUGCAUAGCCGAUGCAAUGCAUGGGACGUUUCUGCAUCAUCUUCGACAAGUUCAGCAGUGCCGCCGUACGAAGUUCCCUGACUACCAGCCGGUCCGGCUCGUGACCCCUGCCGAGGCCGAGGACUUAGCCAGCAGAAGCCUCCAAGAUGCGGUGUUCUUUCAGGCUUGCAUCAGCCGUGGCCGCACGGAAGCACAGAUCCGGAAAGACCUGGAUCACUGGUGGGAGACCGACGGCAAGGAUCUGCUGACCAGCCAUCGCGAUGUGGAGGAGAUGGCGGAAGACGAGGAGAAUCCUGGCGAUUGGUGCGAGGAGCUGUGCGACGACGAGGCCGAGCAAGAGAAGGAUGACCAGGACCAGGAGGCAGCCGUCGUGCUGGCUGCUUGUGACGACCACGUCAAGGUCAAGGAUGACAUCAGUGCUCUUAGUGCUCAGAUCGCGGAGGAGCCUGUGCCUCUCCAGAAGAUCCCCGCGGAGCUCGAGAAGGCCCUGGACGACAAUCAGCAGGCGACACUCCAUGUUGCUGCCUUCAUGAACAAAGUUCGCCAGCUGCCCUCCUUGCAGCUGAAUCCCGAAGAGGAAGGCGUGAACGUUGCAUUACAGCGGAGGAUGGAGGAGGUGCGGCCUUUGAUCCAAGCCUAUGCCGAGGGCGUGCAGCUGGCUCAAGGGGAGCUGAGCAAGGCCAUGAUCAUGCAGACAUCGGCACCUCAGGAGAAUCAGUGGAAUAUCGUGCAGCACGAGCUUGCCUUGGGGCGCCAGGCGUCCUUGCUUGCAGGGGGGCAGCGGAGCUCCCGCCUCCAUGCAUGGACGAGCCAGCAGAUGACUCUGGCGGCGGCUGCAACAGCUCAGACUAGCGUGGUGGAGGCGGUGAUGUUCUUUGCCGAAGGCCAGGUGCUGCUCUACCUCAACAAGGGCGGCAACGUGCAGGCAGCGCUCUCGCAGACCGUGUUCCGUGGGGCAGUACUGAAGUCUCAAAAAGGGCCACGGCGCCUGCACACCAGCCGUCCUGCUGUGGGAGCCCUUCCUCUGUCCUGCUGCGGCGCCAUUCGAGUCGUUGACCUGCUGGAGGCGACUCCGACCACGUACUUGGCGACUGGACUGAAUCCUGUGCGGCUCAUUGAUCCGAUAACAGUCGUGGGCAAGCUGGCGCCGGCCGAGAUGAUUCAGCACCCGUCAAAGACAGUGAUCAAGUUCACCUCGCAGGGCAUCGCGGAGAUCGCCAAAUUUGUGCAGGCGGAGUCCUGGAAAAAAAAUGCUGCAGCCGAUGCUACGGCAAUCCCCGGUUUGACCGAACGCCAAUUCACGCCUGCGCAAGCUUCCAGGAACAUCCCGGCGUACCUCCAGAGGCUUCCCGCCAUGUUUCAAAAGGUGCAGAUCGAGCUGCUUCAGGAUGGGCAGCUGAAGCUGGGAAGCAAGACCAUCGACUGGGCAUCUUUUUGUCUGCGAACACAAUCCUACUUUGACGUUAUACUUGCGGGCAAGGCCCCUCUGAUGUACAGUCGACAAGUAUUCUGUCAGAUGCUGGACCUGCACCCCUCCCGAAGCGGCGCUCUCCAGCGAAUCCGAGUCUUCGCGGGCAAGGUCAAUGACCUUGCCCCGACCAGUGGGACCAGGGUACCCGGAAGCCACAGUGCUCGUCCCGUCGUCCGACCGGCACUCAAGCGCACCCGGCGUGCGCCCAAGAUCAUCCUCCUCUCGUUCUUCGACGGGAUCGGCGCGGCCCCGGCGCUGGUGGAGAACCUUUUCGGCCAGCCUGUCCUGGCGCUGGCGUGGGAGAUUGACGCUACUUGCCGCCGGCUGGCGUCGGCCCGGCUGCCGUGCCGUGGCUCGUCCACAGAGGCGACGUCGCCCGGCUCCGUCGCGGCGGCGAUCAGGAAGGCCGACCCGACGGGAGAGUGCACAGUGAUCGUCACCUGA